AGUGGAACCUUAUUGCUGUGCCCGCCGUUCUCCGUCGGAGCGGUUUAAGCGGCGCACCGCGGUGACAGCUCGGAGCAGUUGUUGAAGGUCCGCGGGGAAGAUGAGCACCAAACAGGUGACCUGCAGGUACUUCCUCCACGGCGUGUGCAGGGAAGGCAACCGCUGUCUCUUCUCCCACGACCCGAGUACCAGCAAACCCUCCACCAUCUGCAAGUUUUACCAGAGAGGGGCGUGUGCCUACGGAGAGCGCUGCAGGUAUGAUCACAUCAGGCUGUCAUCCAGAGGAGGAGGGAGCGGAACUUCAGAGGACCUGACAGGGGGAGGAAGAGGAGGAGGGGCAAGUAGGUCUGGCAGAGGCGGAGCCAAGAAGACGCUGGUGCUGAGAGACAGAGUGCUGGGCGUCGAAGACGUGUUCAGGGGCCCAUCAGACAACUCGGGGUCAGAGGUCACAGCAGCAGCGACUGCAUCUCCGCAUUCAUACGUGGAUGCCAUCAGGGCGGGUCUAGACGCCUCGGCGCAGGAACGAGCUCCUCCUCCAGUGGGCGGGGCCUACCCGGACCUCCCCCAGCUGUGUCCCUACGCUGCCGGCGGGCGCUGUUUCUAUGAGGACAGUUGUACGUAUCUCCACGGCGACCUGUGCGAGGUGUGCGGCCUGCAGGUGCUCCACCCCCAGGACCCCGAGCAGAGGAGAGCGCACGAGAAGAUGUGUCUGCUGGCCUUCGAGGCCGACAUGGAGAAGGCGUUUGCGGCCCAGCUCAGCAAUGACAAGGUGUGCUCCAUCUGUAUGGACGUGGUGGUGCAGAAGGCGAACCCGUCAGAGCGCCGGUUCGGCAUCCUGUCCUCCUGCAAUCACAUCUUCUGUCUGUCCUGCAUCCGAAAGUGGCGCUGCACCCGAAACUUCCACAACAAGAUCAUCAAGUCGUGUCCACAGUGUCGGGUCAUCUCAGAGUUCGUCAUCCCGUCGAUGUACUGGGUGGAGGACCAGGAUGAGAAAGACCACCUUAUAGACCUCUUCAAGUCCGGAGUCGGUAAGAAGGCCUGUAAGUACUUUGAUCAGGGCCGUGGCUCGUGUCCGUUUGGUGGGAAGUGUUUGUACCUCCACGCCUUCCCGGACGGAUCGCGGGCGGAGGCCGAGCGCCCACGGAAGCAGCUGAGCUCGGAGGGGAGUGUGCGGUUCAUGAACAGCGUCCGCCUCUGGGACUUCAUCGAGGAGCGCGAGCAGCGGUCCGUCCCUCCCCUGCCGUCCCUCACUGAUGACAUCACAGAACUGAGGGAGCUCUUCAUGCAGAUGUCGGGGCCGAGCCACGAAGACGAGCCGGAGACCUCGCCCGCCAACGACCUGUAGUCUCCAUGAAACCUGUGCCGGGUCCACACCAGAUCAUGUGAUAAGGGGCACGUUGUGUCCGCAGGUUUGAUUCCCUGAGACGGGAUGGCGCUUAAUUUAUUGUGUACAUGAGUAAAUACAGUCUGAAGACCA